AUGAACAGCAUAUCUCAGGAGCUUGCGAAACGGGCCGAGAAAGCACAAGAAGAGGGAAAAGAGCUGGACGAAGAACUUGAAGAAGCAAACAGCCAAGUGGAAACUCUCAAGAGAAUUGUGGAAGUUGAGGAGAUGAAUGCAUCGAAGAGGCAGAAGCUCUCCUCAGUAGAGGAGAGGAUCGCGGAGCUCCAGCGAUCACUCAAGAAGACUAAAGAUGAUGGCAGUAGCAAUAACCAAAGUAUGCCGGUGCCUGGGACCGGCAGGUUCGGCGAUCAGAUGCCAAUGACGCCUUCAAGUGGAGAGAAGGGAAAGCAAACGAAUGGGUUACAAACCCUGCAUGAAGGAGAUGACAUACCCCUUGUGCAAAGGUCCAAGACUGGCAGGGAUAUCUCUACAGGAAAACCCAAUCCGGCUCCAGCGAACCAGCAGACAAAGGAGGACCAGGUGACUGGAAACCAGACCAAGGCUCUCAAUCACACCCAUGGGGUGUGGUCAGAGAAAACGGCAAGGGACAUGCUCGGAAACAAUAUUGAUUUUCCCCUGAUCCAAACAGUCUUGAACUACUUUGAGUCUUUCAUGUCUGAAAAGAUGCUGGAUGAACUGGCUGAGACACUUCGGAAGACUCCUACUGCCCGAGGUUCCCUUCGGAAGCUACGUAAAGCUUGGGGCGGCGACAAGCAUGAUUACUUCCUGGAGUGCACGAAAUGGACCAAGACGCGAUGUGCCACCCGAACCCUCAGCUGGAACAAGUAUUACCAGAAUGGCUAUCUGGUUUACACUCACGGCGGUCCCACCUCUGCAAACCGGAACAUUCCGAUAGCGGAGUACAGAAAAGCUCACAAGUCCCCACUCUUCGGUCAUGCAGUCUCGCUACACAUGGCCAACAGCGAUACUGACCGUGCUAACCUCAGUAAACUUUACCGUUCUUAUCUUCAGACGGAAUUGGCUGGCUCAAGCCCUUGCUAUGCUCAUGUUGCUGGACUUCUUGGUUCAGAAGAUAAAUGCCUGAGAUGCGGUACUAGAGGAUCACUCAACGACCUCAACUGA